AUGUCCCUCAUGGAUUUCCCGCAUCACGCACACCCCCACCAUGGUCAUGGCCAUCACGCCCCUCGCAGACACAACACGACGGCACUUGAUACGCAGAAUAUUGACAUUCACCCGAGUCACAUGCGUGUCAACUCGCUCUCCUCCAAGGGCUCGCUCUCCGAUUACCCAAUCUUGCGCACCCCGCAGGACCCCGUCCAGCCAGACAGCGAGGCUAUGAUCAAGCACCAGGACGAAUCAAGCGGUGCAAACGCUUGGAAGCCCUCUAUGGGUAUCGUCCAGGAGCAGCUCACCUCGUCCCCCGUCGACGAAGUCUUUUCCGGUCGCUCGACGCCUGGCAAGCCCACGCAGAUGCACAUCAACACGUCCUUUACCCAAAGAUCUCGGCCGGGUGCGUAUUCUGCUCAUCCGAACCAGAAAUCGAUGGGCGCCAACACCACGCCGCUUCCUGCACCUCAGAGUGCAACUGCGGCCUUUCCGCCGAUGCAACUCCCUUCGAUCACGGGUUCAUCCGCUACGCUUAACGGUACUUCCUCGACGACAAACCAGUCCAGGCAGCCGCCGUCUGUAUCCCAUGCAGAGGUCAAGUUGCCAGACACGCCUCCCCAACGCCCCGGACAGAGUCAGAGCCACAGAAGGACGCAGUCUGCGCCAAUGUUAUCUCUGUCACCACUGACGGCAAAUGCUCCCCAAGAGGCCCCCAUCCCUCCUCCAGCGACAAACUACGCAUCCGGUGCCGGUAGUCUCGGACGGUCCAGUUAUCCGCCAGCAGACCUCAACCCUCUCCAGCCUACGUCCUAUCCGCAGAUCAAUCCAAUGACUCAGGCUGCUCCCUUUACACCAUUCCCCGCGAUGAAUGGUUUCCAAACCACGCUUCCUGGAGUUGCGCAGACUGUUUCUCCCCUAAUGUGGCCUGGAUUCUUCGCGCCGCCGACGGCACCAGGCAACUUUUACAGUCCCCGUCCGCCACAGCUCGCCUCGCCGGCACCAAGCAUGUACAACCAACCCACACAACCGCCACAGCCGGCUCCGACGACUCAGUGGAAGAUUAAUCCCAACUCGCAGCCCCAGAUGCCACUCUCCCAUCUCAUCAAUCAGGCUCAAGGCAUGAUCCUCGGUGGUCCAAGUGCCCACAACCGCAAGAUUGGAUUGUACAAGACGGAGAUUUGCCGCAAUUGGGAGGAGAAGCAGAGCUGCCGCUACGGCGUCAAGUGCCAAUUUGCUCAUGGGCCCUCGGAUAUUCGUACCGUUCCUCGCCAUCCCAAGUACAAGACGGAGAUUUGCAGGACGUUCUGGGUGACUGGAAACUGCCCAUACGGAAAGCGCUGCUGCUUCAUUCAUCCAACCUCGACGUCGACGUCCCAAGGCCCAGGAUCCGUUGCCAACGCUCCUCUCUCUGGACCUGCCGGAACUAGCAACGGCGUCAGCGGGCCCGCACCUUCCAAGGACGACACGGAUCGCGAGACACAGCAUGCCAUUUCCCUCCUCGCUCGCCUUGAUCUUAAGCGAGGCAGUCCCGAAGGCCUCAACUCGCGCCGCACGCCAGACUCUAACGCCUCGGAUGCCAAUGGCUUUGUCUACCCCGGUCUCAAUGGACACUCGAAUGGAAUCGACGGCGAGCGCAGCGGUAGUGGAGCACGCGUGUAA